UGCCUUAGGCAUUCAGGGGUGGGGCUUCCUUCAGCCAUCUGCCUGAGAUAUGGGAGGGAGCUGGAGAAAGAAGGAGGGGGAGAGACUACCAGAGAGGAAGAGAAAAGAAAGGAAGAAACACUAGAAAGAAAAAGGAAGGAAGAGAGGAUAAAGGGAGAUCAAUUACCUACCCUUAAUAAGCUAGACUGGGGGGGAGGGGGGUGGAAAAGAAAGCAGUGGAAGGUGUGCCCCAGCACGACUGCUCUGAGGCAUUCAUCAUCUAUUAUUCCGGUUGGUUUAUGGAGAAAAAGAAAAUGGUAACUCAGGGUAACCAGGAGCCAACAACAACUCCUGACGCAAUGGUUCAGCCUUUUACUACCAUCCCAUUUCCACCACCUCCACAGAACGGAAUUCCCACAGAAUAUGGAGUGCCACACACUCAGGACUAUGCCGGCCAGACCAGUGAGCAUAACCUGACACUCUAUGGAAGUACGCAAGCCCACGGGGAACAGAGCAGCAACUCACCCAGCACGCAAAACGGAUCUCUUACGCAGACAGAAGGAGGAGCACAGACAGACGGCCAGCAGUCACAGACGCAAAGUAGUGAAAAUUCAGAGAGUAAAUCUACCCCUAAACGGCUCCAUGUCUCUAAUAUUCCUUUUCGCUUCCGGGACCCUGACCUCCGGCAGAUGUUUGGGCAGUUUGGCAAAAUCCUAGAUGUAGAAAUAAUCUUUAAUGAACGUGGUUCUAAGGGAUUCGGGUUCGUAACUUUCGAGAAUAGUGCUGAUGCAGACAGGGCCAGGGAGAAAUUACACGGCACCGUGGUAGAGGGCCGUAAAAUCGAGGUGAAUAAUGCUACAGCACGUGUAAUGACCAAUAAGAAGAUGGUCACACCGUAUGCAAAUGGUUGGAAAUUAAGCCCAGUAGUUGGAGCAGUUUAUGGGCCUGAGUUAUAUGCAGCCUCCAGCUUUCAAGCAGAUGUGUCCCUAGGCAAUGAUGCAGCAGUGCCCCUGUCAGGGAGAGGGGGUAUCAACACUUACAUUCCUUUAAUCAGUCUCCCUUUAGUUCCUGGCUUUCCUUACCCGACUGCAGCCACCACGGCGGCCGCUUUCAGAGGAGCCCACCUGAGGGGCAGGGGGCGGACGGUAUAUGGUGCAGUCCGAGCGGUACCUCCAACAGCCAUUCCCGCCUAUCCAGGUGUGGUUUACCAGGACGGAUUUUACGGUGCUGACCUCUAUAUAGAAUCUGCAAACUGCUUCAGAUCAAACAGGGCGGAUACGCAGCCUACAGAUAUGCACAGCCUGCUACUGCAACCGCAGCCACAGCUGCUGCGGCCGCUGCAGCCGCUUACAGCGACGGUUAUGGCAGGGUGUACACAGCCGACCCCUACCAUGCCCUGGCCCCUGCCGCUAGCUAUGGAGUUGGCGCUGUGGCGAGUUUAUACCGAGGUGGCUACAGCCGAUUUGCCCCCUACUGAAGUGACGUGAGACCCCUGCAAAUGGGACAGCCCCCCAGUUCAUGAGGCCUGGCUAUUGCAAUAUUUACUAGUAGAGGAACUCUAUAGCAAGAUGAAGAGGAAAAACAAACAAACAAAACAAAACAAAAAAAAACACAAAAAAAGAGAGAAUACUUUUUUAUACCUCACUAUGUUCUUCGAAUAUGUAUUUUUCCUUUAAAUUUCUGCCUUUAAUUCUUUUGUUCCAAAGAUUGUGCAUUUUUUCUUUUUUUUUCUUUUUUUUUAACUGUGGUAAAAAAAAAAAAAAUGCAUUUCCAUGUCUGUAUGUCCGUGCUUAGCUUAUUCUGUCAAUCACGGAAGAGGCAGUUAAUGAUGGAGGAGAGACAGUAGGAGCUGAGGAAUGCAUCUGAUCAGAAAUCAGCAGACAGAAUUACCAAAGUGCGUCUGGUGCUGAACGGAUGGGGGACACGCAGAAGUGGAAGAGAUCUUUCCGCAGCAGUCUUCUGAGUUUCUCCUAGUCUUCUGAGUUUCUGGUCUUUGGCAGGCGAUUCUGAUUGGCUGUGGCUGGAAUCCACAAGCUGAUAGAUGAUAGGAAUUUGUGCUUGCAAAGCAGGAGAAUUAAAAAGACACUUUCCUCUCCUCUUCCCUCCUGUCUUCGCCAUUCUUUUUACAAUCAUCUUAAACGCACAGCCUGAGAGAGUUGGCAUAGUUUUUGGAAUUAGAGUGUUAGUAUUUCCAAACAUGCUCUCAGACUGUGGAUAAUAAACACCUCAUUAGGAAACCAAUCUCAGAAUGAACUCUGGAGUAUGAAAAAGAUUCUUUUCUUUCUUGCCAUCCUAGCAUUCCUGCCGGGCUUCUUCCCUCUUAAUUGAACCACAGCUUAGCCCAUCUAUCCUUUUAUUAACACCCUGCUCCUAUGUCCUCAAGAUUCAGGAAUGUAGGACCCAGGGACAGAAGAAUAAAUAAAGAGCCAGUGGCCAGAUUCUUCCUGCGCAUGGCAAGAGGAUGAAGGGCGAGUUGUCAAGAGCCAGCGCAGAGGGUAAAGAAAAGCAAAAGGACAUUAGGCACUGAUAUUCCCGCUCUUUCUCUUCCAUCAGAAAGUCAGUACAAAGCAUAAGACAUAUAAUAAAGACUCUUGGCACAAGAUAAAGCACCGAGCCCUAGUCAGCUGUCCUGGGACGCUUGGUGACCGGGCAUGUGGGGGCAGGCAGAGGCACUUUGUACUAGCUCCAAAGCCAUAAGAAUUCUCCUCGUCCCGGGCCCUUGUAAGUCACUUCUCUCUCCAGUCUUGAGCCCUCGUGGCCAUCCCGCCCAGCUUCUCGUUUCCUCCAAAGACCCCCACUGAGCUCCGGGACCACUCGGUACACGCGAACACUACAGGACACGAAGUGCGAAGCCUGAGGUCACGCUCCUCCCAGACUGGAAGGAGGGGCUGAGGGGGCCAUGGCAGCAAGCCACUGCUCUUGCUACCUGGCUUCAACGUCGUGUAUUAUCGAGGUAGGGGAGAAGGCGUUCUCUUCUGGCUCUUAGCUGUUAAUGAUAAAGGCAAGGGUCCUGCAGCAUUUCCAAAGUGAAGGCAUUAGAAGAUAAAAGCACGGUCUGUUGGGCUCCCUGGUCUGUUCACCCGGGUACUAGGGUGACCCAAGGGAGAGCUGAUCAGGGGAGUAAUUCAGAGACAUGGACCUUCUGGUUUGUUAUAGGUUUGGUUUGGGUUUGUUUUUUCACUCCUGCCUCCACACAUUCUUGACUGAUUUCUGAUUCAUGCCCCUGAAUUAAAAUGACACGUAUGACAGCAUCAAGCAUUCUUUAUCAGCACAGUAAUAUACCUGGGAGGGACUGGCGUGUCAGGUACCAUACGCAGGCCUCCCCCUUCGGAAUCCUCUCUCUCCCCCUAACGGGGGAGAGGCUGGCCCUGAAGCUAGAGGAGGGAGCAAGGACACCGGAGGCCCCGAUGCAGUUCUCAUUGAUUCUGGGGAGGAAUGCGUAGAAUGGGGGGCACCACUGCCCAGUCCACUGGCCACUUUGUAAGGGUUCCCUUCCCCAAGCCAAAGUUCGGUUUGUUGCUGUUUAGACAAUUUUUGUUGUAUGUAUGUAAGUAUUUUAGUUUGGGGGGCGGAUGGGAAGUGAGGCUUUCCCAGUUCUACAGAAAGGGGGCAGGGAGGAAUUUUCUUUUUCUUUUUUUUCUUUUUUCUUUUUUUACUUUUGAGGGAGAGCUUUUGCUGAUUAAAGAAACUGACAGGAAUCUUGUCAUGUUCAAAGAGGGGUCAUUCUCACAAAAUGGCAAGACACUCCUGGGUGGAGACAAGGCCACCUUCUAAGCAGUUGUACCCGCAGCAGGGAGCAGAGUAAGGCAGUGAGUUUGAGAGUUUUCCCUUCUUUUCUCCAGAAGGCAGGAAGGGUGAUGGGAAGGGGAGAGAGGGCAGCUUCCACACCCCUCUAAAAGAGGUAGAAGCUUCAGCUUGAGGCACCUUUUGUGCAUUUCAGUUCAGCUGGUUCUGGCUGAGGGUCCGAGGGCAAACUUCGUGGUUCCCGGUGGGCUGGUGCCGUACUCCCAGGGUGCUGGCAGCACUGCUUCCGCCAGCUCCCUUUCCCAAGAAGGACGAAACAGUUCCGCUUUUCCCCAGAGGGCCUUUGGUGUCCAGUGUUAGCACUGAGAACUGGGACUCUCGGGAAGCACCUAGAUUUGGCGGUAUUGACCUCCCAUCCACCUUGAAUUUAGAGUCUCCAUCAGAGGCAGGUUCCUCAGAGCAUCAGUGCUUGUAGAUUCCUGACUCAAAUUCCCAUUGGACUAAGCAACAGAGUCAGAAGAGAGUGUGGCAUCUUGUGAGUUCGUUAGAGGGUGCUAGUUGAGAAUUCCAAAAAACUGAUGCUGGAUCACAGUACGGGCAUGAUUUCAAUACCUUUACUGUAGUUCAUGACGUGAACUUCCUAUACUAAGCAUCUUACUCUUAGAAGCUGGGCUCCUUUAAGGAGACUUCUAGUGGACAUCUUUGUCUGAAUAUGCUUUCAGUCCAGAUAGCUGCCCUUCAGUCUUUCCCAGAAUCCAUUGUGUUACAUAGCUCAGCUCCAGUGAACCCGGAUCAGCCACGGUGAUAUCUCAUUCUUAAGGCUCUCAGGUUUUACAGAACCUACCGUCACCGUCACCAUCACCCUUCAGCAGCCACAGUUGGAAGUGAGCCGCUCUUAUUUUUCCUUGAAAAAGAAGGGGACUGGGGCUCAACUCUUAGUUUAAGGGGAGCUAGUGGAGACCUCUUUCUUAGAAAUCAGUGAUAGCAGCUUUUGCUCAAAAGUGUGACUCCUCAGGGGCUGAACUGCUCUUAGUUAGGUUAUACUUUCCUAGAGAAACAGCAGAUAAGUCAGUGAAUCCCCGUCACCCUGUGACUUGUCACGUAGUUUCCAGCUGGGAGGGAGGUGGAGACAUGGGAUGGAAGCAUCCCCAGGGAUCUACGGGAGAAGGGCUGGGUCCCGCCCCUCUUCUCCAGCAGGAGACCGAGGACACACACGAGUGACAGCCUGGAAGGCACUAGGCCUGGAAGGAGGGAAAGGGGAUAGUGAACCCUCCCCUUUUCCUGAGUCCAGUUGCUUCUCUGCUGCUUGCAACCCUCUAGCACAGUAACAUUUGCAGAAUUGCAGAUUCCCCCACUCCCACCCCCCACCCCCCACCAGGUAAUAGGAGGAAAGGGACUUCGGGGGGGUGGGGAAGGGUUAGUGGUGUUUUAAAAGCAUAAGUUACCUGUUUGCACUGUUUUAAGAUAGGAAAAAAAAUAGUGGGCAAAGUGAACAUCACACAUAAAUUUGUGUUUUUAUUUUGUCAUGCUCUUGAAAAUGUUUGACCAUUUAUAGUAUAUACCCACCCGUGAGACUUGAUUCUCUGUUGCAUAAAACGCUUUUUUGUUUUUGAAAUGUUACUGUCCAAAAGCCUCUUCCCUCCCUUUCCCCUUCCCUCUGUACUUCCUUCGUACUCGCUUUACCGAUCAACCAGGCAAUAGCCAUCCGAGAGCUAGAGCGUGAAGCAGGGCCCUCUCCAAGUCGGCUCUGGGUGCCCUAAGCCGGCGCAUGCCCUCUGGCUUAGUGAGCGUGGUGGAGCCCCUGGCACCUGUCUUACAGAAAAUGAGGCCUGCAGACCAGACUACAGCGGGUUCUUAAAUCCCUGAACCCCGCGAGGAGCCGAGGGGCGGAGGAGUCCUGGAGUAUCGCAGUUGGCUGUAGUAGCUGAGUUCUCAUCCACGUUGCCGGCACUGUAGCCAGUUACAGUUUACUCAGGAAAACGGUCGAUCACUUCAGCCAUGGUAGUGCUGGUUGGCAGGGAUUGGUAACCGAGAGAACUGUUCGUCAGCCAACACUCAAACCUUGCCUUUAAGGAGACCGCCAGCGGGGGAUGCGGCCCUCUGGCUGGCGGCCACGUGCGUGCCGGUGUUGUGAGGGCUCAGCUCACACUGGCAGGCAGAAAGGGAACGUUGGUUCUCUUUUCUCUGCCCACCCCCUGCCCCCGUUACUGACACCAGAUUCCCAGGGGGCCAUGAGUUUUUGAAUUUUUAAAAAAUGCUUUUUGGUUUGGUUUUUUUCUGGGGACUAAGUGCUUCAAGCAAUGUCUCGACCCUGUCAAGACUCCGAGCUUAGUCAUUUUCUUGUACUUUUCUGUUCACAGUAUUUGUGUGUGCGUGUGCUUGUUUUGGCAGCUCAUUUUGGCUGUAUUAUAUAUCGAGUGAUGAAUUGAUCCUCUUUUUCCCCUAAGGGAUAUGAAUUGUUUUUCUUGUGUUAUAACUCUGCUUGUGAAAAGCUGGAGCAGACCUGGGGCUGACACACAUAAGCUAGGCCUGCGGAGUGCUGAGAGCCGGGGCUGCCCUGUCCCCGACGGGGCGGCCCGCCUGCAUCUCGGCGCUCUUCAGUCCGAGUCUUUGCAAGGCUAAAAAUGCCACAGAACCUCUCCUCCUCUCCCCACCCCCGUGGCAGGGACUGAACCAUCCCUACGUGUGACAUGCAGUUUCUCCGGCCCCUCCCAUUGCCAUGGCAAAAACAGGUACCUUCGGGGCAUGGGGGCAUCACAUGGGAUGCUUGUAUAAUUGACCACCUCGCCUUCUCUCCCCCUUGCCCCCCAGAAUCACUUUCUAGGACACCCGAGCUGCUUGCCCAGGGUCCUGUUUCCCUGCCAACUCCAGAGAAGCACCCCAGGGCCUUGCAACAGUCUCUGAUCCCCACCCCUUCUCGUUAAGAAUCAUAUUGUAUAGUAGCUUUCAGACCAUACAGUAUUCAUUGGGUUACUCCUAUUAUUAUCAAGUAGCUGGAAUUGUGAAGGUCGGAGUAGUUAGAUCUUUAGCUUUUAUUCCUUAUUUUUUUUUGUAUUACUAUCCAUGUGUAUAAAUUAUUGAUCAUGUUGCUGGCUUUUAUAAACUCUAAGCAAAGGAGGAGCUCCGCCUCUGCCUUUGCCAAUGGUAAUGAAGCACUGUUUUUAAAUAAAAGAGAGAA